AAUUAUUUCUUCAGAAAUGAAAUUGAUCGAGGUGUAGCACAGUUCUCUUACCAAACAGUAACCACUUCAUACAAUGACAAAACCCCGGGUCCUCGUACUCAUAUCCGGGUCUGGAUCCAAUCUACAGGCUUUGAUUGACUCUGUUGCCGGCAAGAGGUCACCCCAGAUCCCGGCUGAGAUUUGCGCAGUUAUCUCCUCAUCUCCCACUGCCUAUGGACUGACGCGGGCGAAGACAGCAGGAAUUGCAGCUGAGGUGCAUGACUUACAGAAGUACUACAAGGAUAUUCCGAAAGAAGACAAAGAUGCCCGAAAACAAGCGCGCAAGAAAUUCAACGUCGACCUAGCCGAGCUGGUUCUGAAGCAAAAGCCCGAUCUGAUUGUCUGCGCAGGAUGGAUGCUGAUUCUCUCGCCGUCGUUCUUGAACCCAGUCUCAAAAGUCAAUGUCCCAAUUAUAAACUUACACCCCGCCUUACCUGGACAGUUUGCUGGAAUUCAUGCAAUCGAGCGAGCUUGGGAGGCUGGUCAACGCGGCGAGAUUACAAAGGGCGGUCUCAUGAUUCACCGAGUGAUCAAAGAAGUCGAUGAGGGCGAGCCCUUGGUAGUCAAAGAACUCGAACUCAAGAAAGAGGAGACAGUUGAGGAAUAUGAGACUCGAGUUCAUGAGAACGAACACAUCGCCAUCAUUGAGGGGACAAUUCUGGCGCUAAAGGAGAUUGAACAGAAGUCUAGCGACAAGGAGACAGAGUUGCCGAAACUGGAAAGUCUGGCUAUUUCGGAAAGCAAAUGAUCUGAUGGCUUCUAGAAAUUGUAGAUAGGAUUGGAAUUUGUAUCAUAGCAUGAAAAUAAU